UUAAAGCUUUAUGAAAUUAUAAACGCACUCACACCAAAAGCCCGUGAUGUUAUUAUUUAUGGUAAAAAAUGUGGACAAUUAGGUCGCAUUAUUGCUAAAAAUUUGGGGUGUAGUAAAAUAGCUGUUUAUAAUACACUUAAACACCUUCGUCAAACUGGUUCUUUCACACCAAAAAAACAAACUGGCCACCUACUACUCCUUAAUAUACCAUCUCAACAAGAGCUUAAAACUUUUGUUCAAGAAAAUGGUGAAAAUCGCCAGCUUUGUGCAAAAAAACUUUCAACUAUUUGGACAUCUCAUUUAACAAACCCCAUUUCUGCAUUUACUAUACGUCGUAUUCUUAAAAAAGUUGGACUUAGUGCUCGUAUUUCUUGUCAUAAACCUGCAAUAACAGAA